UCCGAUAAUUCAAUAAAGCACCGUCAUAUGAUUUUGACUGUUGUUGUCAAUAUAUGAUUAAAACUGCGUCGUCAAAAAUAUUCAAGAGUUUGUGUUUCUAGCAUUAAAAAUGAAACUGCACGUUCUUUUCUUACUUUGUGUGACUUUUUCUUGCGCAGUUUGCAGAGACAUUAUGCGUGAGGAUAGCUCGUACUGGUCCAGUAUUUAUGUAGAGUCAUCAUCGGAGGGUCCGUUUAUGAUAGCUGGGAUUGACCCUAAUGGCAAAUACAUACAGCUGGAAAAUCUAUCUGGUGAAAGGGAAUACCUGAAUGGUUGGACAAUUACACAAAAGACGGACAAUAACCCAGGCGUAAAUUACACGUUUGAUUUCUGUUCGAUACCCCCAUACAGAAAGAGAAAGAUUGUAGCGAACAAAUGGUCCUAUAAUGCGAGUGCUACAGACUUUGUUGCCACUGAUGUCUACGCAUGGGAAACAGGAAAGGAAGUUAAAACGUACCUUUAUGACAGAAAUCACACGCUGAAAGCCGAAUACAUCGUGGGUAAAGCAUCUUCGACAAAUUUGCAUUGACUGAAAUAUAGUGUAUUAAAUAACAUCUUUUCUGUACUUUGAACAGUAAAUUAACUGAAAAAUAGUGUAUAAAAUAAUACUUUCUGUAACUUAUUGAUUGAAAUAUAGUGUAUUAACGUGCAUUUUCCUGCUCUUUGAACUGUAAACUAACUGACUGAAAUAUAGUGUAUUAGAUAAUAUCUUUUUCUGUACUUUGAAACUGAAACAUAGUGUAUUAUAUAAUAUCUCUUCUGUACUUUGGGACAGUAAACUUAUUGACUUUGCACAUGACAUCGUAAUUAACACGGAAAAGUACUUGUUAUCAUCAUGUUGCAUGUAUUAUAUUACAGAGUAAACGUUAUGUGUGUUCAAAA